AUGGCGACACUGCUUGAUCAGCAGCCGCCGGUGGACCCGGGGCAGAAGGCGCUCAUGCUGGCGAAGGACAGCACGCUCGCGACGGCCGGUAUGAACGUUGUGGGUGGCUACCUUAUGGGCUUUGUCUUCUCCCUCUUCGGCGCGAUGAUCUCCGCCGAGACGGCGACGCAGCGCAUGGGCACGGCCGACUUCUUCCGCCACAGCCUGCGCAGCGCGAGCAAGUUGGGCUGCAGCUUCGCGUACUUCGGCUUCCUCUUCGGUGGCGUCGAGGUGGCGCUGGAAAAGCGGCGGGGCCGCAAGGACGUGUGGAACCCGACGUCGUCCGGCGCGAUCCUCGGCGGCGUGUACGGCUGGCGGUACUACAAGGCGCCCGGCUUCGUCGGUGGCAUCGUCGGCGGCGCGGCCUUCUCGCUGGUGUUCGAGCGCAUGAUCGACGCCCUCGGCUUCGCGCAGCACUGA